GUGAGCGAAGCCGUUUCCCGCCGGCGGGAGCUGCGGCUGCGGCUGAGCAGAGGGCUGGAAGCCGCAACACCAUGGCGGAGCAGCUCUAUCUAGAAAACAUAGACGAGUUCGUCACAGACCAGAACAAGAUCGUGACUUACAAGUGGCUAAGCUAUACAUUAGGGGUUCAUGUUAACCAGGCCAAGCAGAUGCUCUAUGAAUAUGUUGAAAAGAAGCGGAAGGAAAAUUCGGGAGCGCAGCUGCAUGUUACCUACUUGGUGUCCGGCAGUCUUACACAGAACGGACAUUCUUGCCACAAGGUCGCAGUAGUGAGGGAAGAUGAGCUGGAAGCAGUGAAAUCCAAGCUAGCUGUGACUGCCAGCAUCCAUGUGUACAGCAUCCAGAAAGCUGUGCUAAAGGACAGUGGGCCUCUGUUCAACACCGACUAUGACAUCCUUAAAAGCAAUUUGCAGAACUGCAGCAAGUUUAGUGCCAUACAGUGUGCAGCUGCAGUCCCCAGAGCUCCUGCAGAAUCCUCAUCUUCCAGAAAGUUGGAGCACUCAAAUCUUCAGGCAGCAAGUGAGGCACCAGCCAGGGAGCUGACCACCAACGGCCAUGGCCCACCUGCCUCCAAACAGGCGUCCCAGCAGCCCAAAGGGAUUAUGGGAAUGUUGGUCUCUAAAGCUGCUACUAAAACCCAAGACAACAAGGAAACCAAAACAGAGGGCAAAGAAGUAACAAAUGCAUCUUCAUCUGGAGGCAAAGCACCAGGAAAAGGGAAUGUGAUGAGCAACUUUUUUGGAAAAGCUGCUUUGAAUAAACUGAAAAUCAGUUUGGAUUCAGAACAAGCAGUGAAAGAAGAGAAGACGGUGGAGCAGCCUCCAGUGUCUGUCACUGAACCAAAGCUGGCAGCUCCCACAGCUCUGAAGAAGUCCAGCAGAAAGGCAGAGCCUGUGAAGAUGCAACAGAAGGAAAAAAAAUGGGGGAAGCGAGUAGACUUAUCUGAUGAGGAAGCAAAGGAAACGGAAAACCUGAAGAAAAAGCGAAGAAGAAUCAAGCUUCCUCAGUCCGAUAGCAGUGAAGAUGAAGUCUUUCCAGACUCUCCUGAGAUGUAUGAAGCACACUCACCAUCUCCACCUCCUGCAUCUCCACCUCCUGAUCCUGUGCCAAAAACUGAGCCUGCUCCUCUUAAGCGUUCAAGUGGAGAAAACAAAAGAAAACGAAAGCGUGUCCUGAAAUCUAAAACCUUUUUGGAUGAAGAAGGCUGCAUGGUGACUGAAAAAGUCUACGAGAGUGAAUCCUGCUCAGACAGUGAAGAGGAGCUUAAGAUGAAAUCAGCCUCAGUACACAGACCCCCUGCUGCCUCUGUGAAAAAGGAGCCCAAAGAACGGAAGGGCCCCAAGAAAGGGCCUGCUGCUCUGGGCAAAGCCAACAGACAAGUGUCUAUUACUGGCUUCUUCCAGAAGAAGUAAAAGCUGCCUCUGGCAGAGCUUGGGGUGGUCAGGGAGAAGACCAAGAAGAAUAGACUGUCACUUACUGUGUAAGUUUGCCGGCUCCUUGCCUCACCUGCAUCGUGACGCUGCUCUGCUGUCAUGUGACCCUCGUACUGCUUCUGUUUUAUUCCAACAAAAGGAAGUCACCUGGAAGCGGGAGGCAAAAGAAUAUUUUUUAAAACUGUUACAUUGAAAUGAGUUUAUAAAGCACAAUCUUUGACCUGCCUAGGAUAAUUCAUUCAAGAAUUACCUGCCAGGCCCCACUCACCCUGUCCCAUGUUCCUUUUCUGGUCCUCUGUAACAAUGUUUUUAUUUUCGGAACUCUACUGUAUGUAUUCACCACUUCUCCACUUUCCUCUCCCUGCUGCCCCACUUCUUUUCCCUGACCCCACAAACCUAUUUUCUGUAAGUCUUUAAUCUUGGUCAGAUGAAAGGCUAAAACUAGAAACUCCCUGAAACCCCUGUCUUCACUGUUCAGGGACACUUGGCCCCAGCCAGGCCAGUGCAUAUUGGCCCUCCUCUCACAGACGCUCUCUGGAGCUUUGCUCACACUCACGAUUUGGGCAGGGCACAGACAGAACUUCACUAAUGUGCCCAUUCUUAUCAGAAAUGACCUAGAGUCAACGGUGGGCGCUGACAGGGCUGUUGUAUGGCUAACCCAUACUUAAUACCUAGAGAGUGGGGUCUGUAUAGUGGGAUGAAAGGCUAAAAAGAGAAAUAAAGGCUUGCCAUGCACCAGGUAGAACUUCUGCCUCUCAAGGAAAUAGGGUCCAGAAAUGACAGUCUCCCAUUCCAGGAAGGAAUGGAGAACUUAAGGCACAGAUUUCUACACAGAUGCUGCUCCUCUGUGUUUUCAAGUCCUGCGUUUGCUCAGACGGACAGGCUCCCCAGGAAGAGUUUGGGGGCGGGGACCUGGCUGGUUAUAGAUCUAGACCAUAAUUAAAACAUUUGCUUUUGUACUUUUGUCUGUUCUGAUAAUAACUUUUAAGCACCUUCCAUUAGGCAGGAGGUGAGACCCGUCCAGGUUGUGUGGCAAUGGCUUUGGACACUGAGCUGUAGGGAAGGGAAACAGACGGGACUGUGAUUCACCCAUGGAAGAUGAGGGGUGUCUGACCCGACCCAUUCACUGACUUGUGUCAUAGAGAUGGAACCAGCUGCCUGCUGUUGAAGGUUAGGGUUGGGAUUGACCUUGGGAUUUAUACAGCUUCUUUAGCAGCCAAGCAUGGGCUUGAUUAAGGCCAGCAGCUUGGGAGAUGAGUCCUGGCCUUGUGUAGAGGACUAGAGGGCAGAGGCUCUGCACAUUUGGGCUGAGUAAAGGCUGGCGUAUUCCAGAACUUUUUUUUUUUUUUUAAGUGGAAAAGAGUGGAAUGCCUGGACUUAAGCUUGACAAGAAACUCUGGAGAAGAAUCCCUUAUUUUAAGUGGUUAUUUUUGUCAUUGCCUCUAGUCAUUUUUCUAAACGGGAAUGGAAAAGUACAAGGCAACAAUCCAGUCUUUAAAAAAUCUGAUUCUGGUGGGAUUUCUAAUAAAACCAAAUUUGAAUGGGAGCUCUGGUGCAAGCAGGAGUUGCAGAUCUCUGAUCCCUGUACCCAACAUGGCACCUGAGCUCUGAGCUGUCUGCAAGGCUGAGCAAGCUUUCUCUCCACGUGUAUAAUCCUUAACCAGGGCACCAUGAGUUAAAUAAAUCCGAGAAGCUGUUUUGAAA